CAACGAACGUGGGUGGUCAAUUGAUCACCGACAGUUUCAUACGAACCACGAGACAGUUCAGGUCUGUUCAAUCGCGGUAACGCGUCUUUUCCACGUACGGAGUGAUUAAUAUAUCUGUGACGUGAUAUAUUAAAUAUUGAAGAUAAUAAAUAUCAAAGAGCUACCAUCGCCAAAUAUUCCGAGGGAAAUGAAAUUUUUACGUGCGGAAAACGGAUUUGUGUCGAAGCGGUAUCGCGCAUCUCACGGAGGAUGCGCAAACCGCAUUAAACCAUUCCUGUUGUUAAUCAAAUUAUGCGGGAUGUUUGCCAACGAAAUUACAAAGGGACGCGUGAAACGUUGCUCUUGGCCCAUUUACGGUAUUUGCGUCUUUUGGUUGAGCUUAUACGUAUCACACGUAUGUUUUCUACUGUGUUACUUCGCGAAAGGUGAAUCCAUCCAAAUAACACUAACGAUAGAGUUUACGAAGCAUUUAAUAGGAUAUGCAAGUCUCGGAGUCAACGUCAUCGCCGCUUACACCGCGCAAGAUAGCGUCGUUAAGUUUUUCGAUCGACUGGACAGUUAUGACAGCGAAGUUGCGCGGAUGAAGAACACGAGGCAAGAUCACUUGUGGAUACUCUCGAUCGCCACGUUUGCGACGUUCGUUAUCAACCUGAUGCUCGCGAGCGUGAUCGCAAGCGAGAUAACGAACGACAUCAUGUUCUUCAUGAUACUUUCGGAUAUCUUCACGACCAUCAUGCACAUGUGCGGCACUCUCGGCAAGUCUCUCAUGCUGUAUUUGCUGUUAGAACGUUUCAGGCAUCUGAACAGGAAGAUCGCGCCGAGCGUGUCGUGGGACGAGAAGCGACACGGUUCGAACGCGAUCAAGGUCCUGGAUGUCAAAACCCUCCACUCGAUGCUGUACGACGCUCAGCAGGCUUUUUGCAACAUGUACAAUAAUCCUAUGUUGAUGUGGUUCGCCUCGCUCAUGAUACACGUUGUUGCGAACAUUCGUGCUUUUCGGCAGAAGCCACUGAUCCUGGCCUGCGCUUUAGUAUGUCCUGGGAUCUUGCAGGUGUUUGCUCUGUGCACGAUGUGUCACUACACGACCCAGGAGGCGAACAGGAUCGCUUGCGUCUUAAACGAAGACAUGUGCAGGCUUGUUAGCUCGGGGGAAACGAUGGUGAAAAUUGACGUUUUCACAUAUUUCUUGCACAAUCAAGUGUCUUUCGAGGCGGCGGGCUUCUUCACGAUCGAUCUGCCGCUGUUUCAGUCCAUUGUCGCGGCGAUAACUACUUAUUUCAUAAUACUGAUAUAAUCUCCCGGCCCCUAAAUAUAUAUUUCUCUUAACGUGUGCCGUUCCUUCUCACGAUAAAUAUCGAAAAAAAAUUAAAAAUAAGAUUAAAAAUAAGAUUAAAAAAUUAAAAAUUAAAAAUAAGAUUAUAGAUA